AUGGUGAUUGCAAUGUUGAAUGUGGCGAUGCCAAUAGUGGUGACAAUCAGUAGUGGCGAUGGAGGUGGUAGAAAUAUCAGUGGUCUCGAUGGUGAUGGUGGUUGCGACGACGUUGGCGAUGAUUGUGGGGGCAAUGAUGGAGGUGAUAUUGUUGGUAGUGAAGGUGGUGGUGACAAUGACAGUGACGACGGUGAUGAUGACAUUGAUGGUGGUAGUGGUAGCGGUGCUAGUGGUGACAUCAAUGGUGGAGAUGGUGAAGGUGGCACCGACAAUGGUGGCAGUGACAACGACGAUGAUGAUGGUGGUAGCAAUUGUAUAUGGUGGUGGUCGUCGCGGUUGCGACAUGUUGAUGGUGAUUGUGGUGACAAUGAUGGGGAUAAUAUUAUUGGUAAUGAUGAUGGUGGUGAUAAUGAUGGGAGUAAUAUUAUUGGUAGUGAUGAUGGUGGUGACAAUGGUAAUGAUGACAUUGAUGGUGGUAGUGUUAGUUGCUAG